UGAACCAUGGAGGAGUUAGCCAGAGAGAGCAUCAGCCUGCUGGCUUCAGCGUCAGCCAAGCCCCCGCUGGACGUGGCCGCCGGGCCUCGGCUCGGCUCCAUGGGGGCCAUUUUCAUCAUGCUGAAAUCCGCUCUGGGCGCCGGGCUACUCAACUUCCCCUGGGCCUUCGAGAGAGCCGGGGGCAUCCGCAGCGCAGUCACCGUGGAGCUGGUCUCCCUCGUGUUCCUGGUCAGUGGUCUGAUCAUCCUGGGCUACUCCUCGUCCAUCAGCGGCCAGUGCACCUACCAGGCGGUGGUGAAGGAGGUGUGUGGGCCGGCCAUCGGUCAGCUGUGUGAGAUCUGCUUCGUCUUCAACCUUUUCAUGAUCUCUGUGGCCUUUCUGGUCAUAGUGGAUGAUCAACUGGAGAAGUUGUGCGGCUCCCUGUAUGAGCUGGUAACUGGUUUGCCGGAUUCAGAGAUGCCGUACCACUUCUACACAGACCAGCGAUUUGCCCUGGUGCUGCUCUGCGUUCUCCUCAUCCUGCCACUGUCCAUCCCCAAAGAGAUCAGCAUUCAGAAAUACAUCAGUGUCCUGGGUACCCUGGCAGCUACCUACCUGACCAUAGCCAUCAUUAUCAAAUACCACACCACGCCUUCUGUCCUGGUUCACAUCACCCCUCUGUACAGCAGUGGGAUCAGCUCCUGGGCCUCCAUGUUCAGCGUCAUACCGACCAUCUGCUUCGGUUUCCAGUGCCACGAGGCGUCCAUCGCCAUCUACAGCAGCAUGGAGAACCAGCGGCUCUCUCACUGGGUCUUCAUCUCCGUGGUCUCCAUGAUCUUCUGUCUCGUCAUUUACUCCCUCACAGGGGUUUAUGGGUAUCUGACAUUUGGAAAGGACGUGAAGGCCGACAUUUUGAUGUCGUACACAGGCGAUGACAUUCUGAUGCUCAUCGCCAGGCUGCUGUUUGGAGUCUCCAUCAUUACCAUCUAUCCCAUCAUCCUGCUGCUGGGCAGAUCAGUGAUCCAGGACCCCCUGCUGAGCUGGCGGCGGAGGCGUUACGGCGUGGUGACUGUGGAGUUUGAAAGCUGCAGCCGCUACGUGCUGACAGUCCUGUGGAUCACAGUGACGCUGCUCAUCGCCGUCUUCGUACCAGACAUCAGCAAGGUCAUCAGCGUCAUCGGAGGAAUCAGUGCCUUUUUCAUCUUUAUCUUCCCAGGACUGUGCUUGAUGUUCGCCAUGCAGUCUGAGCCAGUGUCCUGUAAGACCAGAGUUGUCCUGACAGUUUGGGGAGUAGUGACCCUGAUCUGCGGAGCCUUCAUCUUUGGCCAGAGCACCACCAUCGCUGUCAUGCAGCUCCUCGGAAGGAUCUGA